UGAACACCUCCGGACCGGACCGAGGCUGAGCGCUGAGGAGCGCAGUGCGCAUGCGCGGCGCGUCACAUCCGGUCUGCGGAAGGAUGAAUGUAAAUGUCAAAGAUGGCGGCGGAGGGAGGAGGGAAGGAGAUGAACGAGAUCAAGAGUCAGUUCAGCACGCGGGAAGGAGCCUAUAAACUCCUCACGCACUCAGAAUACAGCAGACCCAACCGAGUGCCCUUCAACUCGCAGGGAUCGAACCCCGUCCGAGUCUCGUUCGUCAACGUCAACGAUCAGUCCGGUAACGGCGAGCGCAUCUGCUUCAAUGUGGGCCGGGAGCUCUACUUCUACAUCUAUAAAGGCGUCAGGAAGGCCGCUGACCUGAGCAAGCCCAUAGACAAGAGGAUCUACAAGGGAACGCAGCCCACGUGCCACGACUUCAAUCACCUGACGGCGACGGCGGAGAGCGUGUCUCUGCUGGUGGGCUUCUCCGCCGGACAGGUGCAGCUCAUCGACCCCAUCAAGAAGGAGACCAGCAAACUCUUCAAUGAAGAAAGACUGAUAGAUAAGUCUCGGGUCACGUGUGUGAAGUGGGUCCCGGGCUCCGAGAGCCUGUUCCUCGUGGCUCACUCCAGCGGGAGUCUGUACCUGUAUAACGUGGAGCACACCUGCGGCACCACGGCGCCUCACUACCAGCUGCUGAAGCAGGGCGAGAGCUACGCCGUGCACACCUGCAAGAGCAAGUCCACGCGCAACCCGCUGCUGAAGUGGACGGUGGGCGAGGGCGCGCUCAACGAGUUCUCCUUCUCGCCCGACGGAAAGUUCCUGGCCUGCGUGAGUCAGGACGGAUUCCUGCGCGUCUUCAACUUCGACGCGGUGGAGCUCCACGGCACCAUGAAGAGCUACUUCGGCGGCCUGCUCUGCGUCUGCUGGAGCCCUGAUGGGAAGUACAUCGUGGCCGGCGGCGAGGACGACCUGGUGACCGUCUGGUCCUUCGCAGACUGCCGCGUGAUCGCCCGCGGACACGGACACAAGUCCUGGGUGAGUGUGGUGGCGUUUGACCACUACACCACCAGCGUGGAGGAGAGCGAGCCCAUGGAGUUCAGCGGCAGCGACGAGGACUUCCAGGACCAGAUGCACUCGGGCCGCGAGCGGGCCAACAGCACGCAGUCUCGCCUGUCCAAGCGCAACUCGACGGACAGCCGGCCGGUCAGCGUGACCUACCGCUUCGGCUCGGUGGGGCAGGACACUCAGCUGUGCCUGUGGGACCUGACGGAGGACAUUCUGUUCCCGCACCUGCCGCUGUCCCGGACGCGGACACACACUAACGUAAUGAACGCCAGCAGCAGCGAGGGCUCCAGCUCGCUCCCGGCGCCGCUGCCGCGCUCCAACAGCCUCCCGCACUCCGCCGCUAACAGCAAGAGCGCCGCCUCGGACAACCCCAUCGCCACCGGCGUCAGCAAGUUCGCCACGCUCUCGCUGCACGACCGCAAAGAGCGGCACCCCGACAAAGACCACAAGCGCAACCACAGCAUGGGCCACAUCAGCAGCAAGAGCAGCGACAAGCUCAACCUGCUGGCCAAAACCAAAACGGACCCGGCCAAGACUCUGGGCACGCAGCUGUGUCCGCGCAUGGAGGACGUGCCGCUGCUCGAGCCGCUCAUCUGUAAAAAGAUCGCGCACGAGAGACUCACCGUGCUCAUCUUUCUAGAGGACUGUAUAGUCACCGCGUGUCAGGAGGGAUUUAUUUGCACGUGGGCGAGACCCGGCAAAGUGGGGUUGUUGUCAUCCCAAAACCAAGCCAACUCUCCCAGUGGAACAGUAGUAUAGCCAGGAUAUUUCUGCUGCUAUGAGACGUGCAUCGCGCCGCUCAGAACACGUGUUUUUCCUCCUGUUUCUGUCGUUCCGGAGGCCCGUGCAUCCGCGGGGUUCCUUCCAUUGCUUCUGUUCUCCCAGAGUAUUUAUUUGAAUUGUUUUGUUGUUUUCACUCUCAAUGCAUCUCACUGUAUGAUUUAUUUUUUUUCUCCUGUGUAUUUCAAGCUUGCCUAAGGUGUGGGAAUCAUUUAAUCCAGGGUGGAAAAGCAGUCGGCUUGAACUCAGUUUGCUGAGAAAGACCUGGUGGUCCAAACCGCUCGAGACUCGCUUCCAUCCCAGAUCCUUUUAAUACGCUUUUAAUUUCACCCUCUUUCACAUGGAACAGAUUUCACCCCCGUUGUUGAAAACUUUGCACUGAUUUUAUUUAAUUUUUUGUUUUGAGUAUUUCUUUUUUUUUUUGGUAACUACUAUAAAGAAUCAAAAAGACAAAAAAGAAAGAAAUAGAUGUUUGGGGAAGGCCUUGAUGCACUUGGCUUUAAUAUCCUCUGUCUUGAAUCUGAAUCUGAAAAGCUGGAUGCUGCAAUCAUAGUUUUUUAAAGGAAAUUUGUUUGCACUUAAUAGUUUAUUAGAAGAGAAUGGCUUUACAUUUUUGUGUGCGAGGACUCACAGACCGGUAUAAUGUGGAGAAUUAUGAUUAAAACUUUGUAUCUAUUGAGCAUUUAUUUUAAUAUUGUUUCAGAUAAAAAUCUGCUUUGUAUUAUAUGUAUAAUAUUGUAACUCAGUGAUUUAUUGGGGCAAAAGCAAAUGAUCAGUAACUCUAGUGGACGUUUGUCAUCAUUACAGGAAAUAGUGACAUUUCUAAAGCAGAAAAAUAGACAUAAUAUUAAAAAUGAUCUUAAAUAUGCAGGUUUCUGUUUGUUUAGUUUGGUUUUCCUGUCUCUUGUACAGAAGUCAGCCAGAUGUAUUUUGAUAUAGGAGAUGUAUGUACGAGCUCGUCUCGGAGCAGAAACGCUUGAAGCUCAGGAAGCAGAGAAAACAAACCUUACGGAAGAGUUUCAAGAGUUCAUAUUUUGCUUACCAAAUGCAAACUUAUUCUAUGUGCUACUAAAAGAAGCCACUAGAGCGACUCGGUCGAUCGGUAGAGUCUCACCGUGUGACACUAUUAAACGUUUAACGUACCUUUCUUUGUGACUACCAAUCAUUGUUGAUGAAACACACACUAACCGGGACAGACGAGGAUGUGGAAGUGCUCAUAUUUUUGAUUCAUGUGGUUAACAUUUUGCAUUUCACGUUUUGUUCUUCAUUAAAAAAAAAAGUCCAUGUA